AUGCUCCCCAAGAACGACGUCGAAGAGACCGCGCGCCCAGCCUCGCCCGCCGCGGAGUAUCCUCCCGGUGGCCGCAACGCUGAUCAUGAGGACGAUGGCACCUCGGCCUUUGCCGGCGGCAGCAUCAGGAACCGCUCAGGGCCAACCUCCACCGGACGACCUACACCGCUCUGGGUCGCCAACAUCGACGCCUCGCUCGUCGUCACCACCGACGCCUACACCUACAUCGGCGUCGUCGCCGAGGUCCUCAAUGAGGGCCUCCCAUGCGCCGCCUGGGUCAUCAUCGGCGACAACGCCUCCCGCUCCCUCGCCCAGCGGCUGCGCCUCACCCACACCCUCGUCCUCUUCCAGUCCGUCCUGGGUCUCAUCAUGAGCCUCGCCUUCGUCGCCGGCGCGCGCACCUUCGCCAAGGGCUUCGUCCCCGUCGAGGUCCGCGACGUGAGCGUCACAUACAUCCGCAUUGGCGCCUUCGGCGCCUUCAGCAGCGCCGUCGAGACCGCCGUCUCGUCCGCCACGAGGGCGCUCGACCGGCCUGACGUGCCGCUGAUCAUCAGCUCCGUCAAGUUCGCCAUUAACAUCGUUUUGGACCUGCUGCUCAUCUCCAAGGUCCACGUCGGCUCGCACCAGCCCACGGUCAACAUGCAGGUCGGCAUCCAGCUUGCCUGUAACCUCGCCUCGGCCCUACUCGGCUUGGCAUAUUUCCUCUGGAGGAACACGCUCCAGUAUCAGAAGCGGCGUCGGGUCGUUGGCCGCGGUGAAUGGGAGACGACACGGCCGAGCUUGGGGGCGCUCUUUAUCCUCCUCCGCCCCGGCGCCCUGACCUUCAUCGAGUCGGCGGUCCGCAACGCCUUCUACCUAUGGCUCGUCAGCAACAUAGUCUCCAUGGGUUCGACUUACGCGACGGCAUGGGGCGUCUUCAACACCAUCCGUUGGGGUCUCAUCAUGGUCCCCGUCCAGGCCCUUGAGCAGACUUCGCUGGCCUUUGUCGGCCACGCGUGGGGCGCCUGGAGACGCACCAUAGGCGUCGAGACGCUGCAGCCCAAGGCCAGCAAAGGCGCCAUCAUCGAGAUCGUCAGGCCGGCCGUCAAGUCUCUCAUCAUCGCCCUCGCCAUCGAGGUGCCCAUGUGCCUAUUCCUGACUUACUUCGGCGCUCGUCCCUUCGCGCGCUACCUCAGCGGCUCCGACGAGGUCGCCGAAGUGACGGCUACGAUGUGGCGGAGCCUCGACUGGUGCUACAUCUUCUAUGCCAUGUCGACGAUGCUGGCGACUGUCUUGCUUGCGACGCGCCCGCGCUGGUAUCUCUGGCAGAGCUUGGCAAGCAACCUGCUCUACGUGCUACCGUGGGCGAUUGUGUGCCAGACAGCAAACCUGUCCGCCGACAGGGCUUGGACUUAUCAUAGCCUGGUAUUUGGGGGCAGCCUUGUUUUCAGUUUUGUUGAUAUCCUUGUUGUAGAUGGUCUCUGGGCAUGGUCUCUCAUGACAGGGCGGAUGAAAUUGGACGAGUUUAUGGGAUGA